GGAAGAAGGGGUAGGGACACCCCAAAAAUGAGACCAGGCUCCCCCAAAUUCCAGGAAUUCCAUGGGAACCCCUAAAAUACUGGGAAUUACAUAGAAAUCCCCAAAAGUGGGACUUAGGACUCCCCAGAUGCCCCAAACUGGGAUAAAAAAAAAUUGAUUUCCCAAGGAAUUCUCAGUUUUUAAUGUCCCAAAUUGGCCUAACAAGUCAAUUUUCCAGGAAAUUCCUGGAUUUUAAUGCUUCAGAUUGGGAUAAAACGCUGAUUUUCCAGUGAAUUCCCUUUUUUUCCCAGCAAAACCCCAUGAAUUUCCUGGAAAGUCAACUUUUAAUCCCAAUUUCAGGCAUUAUAAAAAUGGGGCCCUGGGGGGUUUGGUGGUCCUGGGGAGGAUUUGGGGUUCCCGAGGGAAUCUGGGAGUUCAGGAGGGUACUGGGGGGGAUUUGGGGGGUCCUAGAGGACCUCAAGGGGUCCUGGGUGGGGUUUGGGAGGUCCCAAGGGAUCCUGGAAGUUCUAGGACGGCUUUUGGGGAAUCCUGGGGAGGAUCUGGGGGGUCCUGGAGGGUUCCAGGUGGGGUUUGAUGGUGGCCACUGUGCUGCAGAUGUGGCACGUGGUGGAGCCAUGUUUGCAGAUCCUGCGGGAACUGGAGGGGGAUGGGGCUGGCUGGGGUCAUGGGGAGGCACUGCCAUCAUCAUGGAACGUUCAUGCUCGUGACUGGUCAUCAGCAUUGGCAUCGUCACAGAACCUUCAUGGCCGUGAUGGGUCAUCGUCACCCUUGUCAAGGAACGUCUGCGGUCAUUAAGGGUCAUCAUCGUGGAAUGUCUCUGAUGGUCGUGAUUCCAUGCGUGGCCUUGAUGGGUCUUCACCGUCACUGUCAUCAUCAAAGAUGGGUCCAUCCGUGGUCUUCAAGGGUCCAUCCAUGGUCUCAAUGGGUCUUUGCCUUCGUCAUCGUCAUCAUCAUGGACCGUCUGUGGUUGUGAAGGGUCUUCAUUGCCAUCGUCAGUGACCAUUUGUGCUCAUGAAGGGUCAUCAUCGUUGCGGAAUGUCCAUGAUGGAGAUGAGUCCAUCCACGGUAUUGAUGGGUCUUUUACUUUAUCAUCAUCAUCAUCAACCACGGACAUGAAGGGUCUCCAUUGUCAUCAAAGGCCAACCACGGACAUGAAGGGUCUCCAUUGUCAUCAAAGGCCAACCACGGAUAUGAAGGGUCUCCAUUGUCAUCAAAGGCCAACCACGGACAUGAAGGGUCUCCAUUGUCAUCAAAGGCCAACCAUGGACAUGAAGGGUCUCCACUGUCAAUCAAGGGCCGUCCAUGGUAGUGAAGGGUCUCCAUUGUCAUUAUUGCCAUCACCUGCAGUCCGAAUGGGUCAGUGCAUGCCAACCAUGAAGGAGAAAGAUCUUCAUCAUCCUCCUCUCCCUGCUAGACCCUCUGAUGUGGCCCUGCGGCUCAGUCACGGGGGAGAAGGACCCUCGUCAUCAAUGCUGUCAUCACGGGGUUCCCACGGCAGUGAGGGGACAAUCCAUGGUGACAUCAGGACCAUCCAUGGUGACACUAGGACUAUCCAUGGUGGGGACGGGACAAUCCAUGGUGACAAUAUGACAAUCCAGAGUGACAUUGUGACAAUCCAUGGUGACAGUGACCCUUCCUCCUCCCCCUCCUCCUGGGCCACCUGCGCCACCACUAAGGAGGUCCUCCAGCUCCACAUGGCCACCACCACAACCCUGUCUCUGCCAUCCCAGGAGAUCCUCAAGGUCCACGUGGAGGACAGCGAAGAUGACAACAAUGACGAUGACAGUGACAACAACAAUGAAGGCCCCACACAGAUCAUGUCAGACGACACCAAUGCCCCUCCAGCCAUGCUGCUGGACCCGCCCGCCAUCUUCUACAUCAAACCUGAGCUGGCCACCACCACGGUAACCACGCCGGACAUCCCUACACCACCCAGCUGGAUGCCGGUGGACCCACAUGGCAGCAAGCUCCCGUGCCGCAGUGGCCACAGGGCCCACGCGCCAGUGAGGCCCAGCACCACGCCGGACCACGGGAAGCGCUUGGUGGCACAGCCCAAGCACAAGCGGCACAUCCGGCUGGGCCUGGGCUGCGGCCGCUCCUGCUGACCUUUGGGCUGCGGCCGCUCCCGCUGACCCUCAGGCUGCAGCCAUUCCCCUGUGGCCAUUCCCGCUGACCCUCAGGCUGCGGCCGUUCCCGCUGACCCUGAGGCUGUGGCCGUUCCCCUGUGGCCGUUCCCGCUGACCCUCAGGCUGUGGCCAUUCCCCUGUGGCCGUUCCUGCUGACCCUCAGGCUGUGGCCGUUCCCCUGUGGCCGUUCCUGCUGACCCUCAGGCUGUAGCUGUUCCCCUGUGGCCGUUCCUGCUGACCCUCAGGCUGUGGCCGUUCCCCUGCAGCCAUUCCCGCUGACCCUCAGGCUGUGGCCGUUCCCACCAUCACCAGUGCCUCCAGCUCAGGCUCCACUGGGAGAUCACAGCAAACACAGAGGGGCCCAAGUACAGCCAGUGACCGGGCUAGACCAGUAUGGACCACUAUAAAACAGUACAAACCGACAGGAACCAGUACAGACCAGUAUAAAUCACUAUGGAGCAAUAUGGACCAGUAUGAACCAGUGCUGGGUCUGUGAGUGACCACUGCAGCUCCCAGAUCAGUCUGGGGCUCUGGUCCCAGUUCAGGCUCUGGUCCCAGUUUAUGCCAGUUCCCAGUUUAGCCCCUGAACUGGUUUGGAGGCACUCCCAGUUCAGUCUCUACUGGUUCAGGCCCAGUUCCCAGUUUAUCCCAGUUCAGUCUCUACUGGUUGGGGCCCAGUUUCCAAUUUAUCCCAGUUCCCAUUUUAGCCCCUGUACUGGUUUGCAAUCACUCCCAGUUCAGUCUCUACUGGUUCAGGCCCAGUUCCCUGUUUAUCCCAGUUCAAUCUGUACUGGUUGGGGCUCAGUUCCGCGUUUAGCCCCGCCCCCUGCAUGCCCAGCCAAUCAGCGCUCUCGUCAUGAGCACAGCAGCCAAUGGCAGCACGGGACGGGCGGGACUCCUGUUACCAUGGGAACGUGCAAGCAGUGUCUCCAUGGCAACGGGUGAAGGCGCUUCCGGGUUUGGUGUUCCCGCCCUCUGCUGCUCUCGCCCAAUCAGCGCUCGCGGGGCGGGGCGAAGCAGCCAAUGGCGAUGCAGAAGGGGCGGGAGCAG